AUGUUCCGAUCUUUCCGUGACCAAAUAAAGCUAAUCAGACUAACUUCAGCCACUCACAUAGCCCUCUGGCCCACCGGUCAGCUAGAGCCGGCCUGUUUGCCAUGGGAUGGGAAGGAGGAUAUUCCAGCCAAGGCUCGUCUUUGCAACUCACCUGACUUACUGGCGCCUGGACACUUAGCCUCACAGUGCUGGCCGUUGAAGCCACAGACUUGA